CACGACGCGCCGAGCGCUGAUUUCCGCUGAUCCUCGGCAGCGUCUCCGAGGGAUCCACGGUUCUAAGAGCGGCCUAUUACCAAGGGAGGCAAAAUCCUGAAUCGGAUUCAUUCUCCAGGAAGGUCGUCGACCUUCAACCGCGGACUUGCAACUCGAGUGGCCGUGGGAGAACUUGAAGGAGUAAAAGUGCGCGUCUACCUUCUGGCGAGAUUUCUCUUAUCAGCGAGGGCACUCGAGGGCUAAUUUUAAGCCCUUUCCGAAGGCAAGGCUCGUGCGAACACCACAAGUCACUGUGAUGAUCAACCAUGGCGCCAGAAGCGACGACCCUGAUGAAUCUCCUGGUGCUGUUGCUCAUGACGAUUGCAGCCUGUUCCUCGCCCAGGAUCAUCGCAACCACUCAGGCGCCUUUCGGCAGAAUUCUGAAACCCGUCAAACUUCACGGAGGAUACAUGGAGGUGGUGCAAGAGCAAAGAUGUUCUCAUACCCUUCUCCGACUGACGUGCAGGUCGCUGAAGGCAUUUAUCUUCAUCCUGGAAGCGGAAUAUCGCGCGAAUCACACGGAAUUUUGUGUGAAAGAUUCGAAAAUAUUGGAGAACAUCAAGAUGAAGAAAGAUGGCAUGCGACGGUGGAAGGACACGAGAAAUCUCAAAGGGAACUAUAUCUUUGACGAGGAAGACGGAGAAAUGGACAUUGUCGAUAUCAGAUCGUCAUUGAAUAAGAGGUGCUCGGGUCAGAAGCACUGCCGCUACGAUAUAACUAUCGAUCAUCCGGGCGCAAAUUCCUGGAUCCCAGGCGGAAUCCUGUUAAAAUACGCCUGCAUACCGGAAGCCGCAGUUAGGCGGUACUGCAACCAGGAGGUGAAGGUGGCCGCUGGGGAAGGAGGUUACAUCAACACUCCGGGCUACCCGUUAUACUAUCUCGGGAACAUCACAUGUGGAUGGACCUUCAUAACGCUUCCGGGGCAGAGAAUAGUUCUGACCUUCCACGACUUAAAUAUCCUCGGUCCGCGCGCAAAUGGAAGCUGCAUGGACAUUGUGAGAGCGCGGGAUCGAAACAGCAUUCUCUUGGAGUUCUGCGGCACCGCGGCGGGAAUUCGGGUUGUCUCGAACACGAAUCGAUUGUCGCUCGACUUUAUCGCCUCCAAGAGACUUUACAACAGCCGAGGCUUCCUGCUGCAUUACCAAGUGCUAGGCUGUCCGGAGAUCUCGGCGCCGAACGGAAGUUACGUGUCGAACGGUACAUUGACUUCGCGGACAUUCCUAUGCAAGUCGGGCAGCGUGUUUCCCGACAGCCGGGACAGAAAAAGGACGCUCGAGUGCAGGAAUGGCAAGUGGAACGAGACCGCUACUAGGCUGCCUGAUUGCAUAGAUUGGCUCGUGCCCGAGAAACAAUCAUUCAGUUACGAGAACCACAGAUCUUCCGGGAAGGAGAUUAAGAGCUGA